UUGCUUUGGUCCUGCCAGCGGGCCAACAUGCCUCUCGCUAAGGAUCUCCAUCCCUCUCCAGAAGAAAAGAGGAAACACAAGAAGAAGCGGCUGGUGCCGAGUCCCAGCUCCUACUUCAUGGAUGUGAAAUGCUCAGGAUGCUAUGAAAGCACCACCGCCUUUAGCCACACACAAACAGUUGUUUUGUGUGUUGGCUGCUCCACCGUCCUGUGUCAGCCUGCAGGAGGACAAGCAAGGCUUCCAGAAGGAUUCUCCUCCAGAAGGAAGCAGCACUGAAA